UCCUAUCUUAGUUCUCUUCGCUCUAGCUUUCCCCUUCCUCGAAUUUAUCGGUUCCGUUAUCCCCAAUUCUCUAGUUGUGCUGUAGCGUCCUCGCAUUGUCUGUCAGCUAUUGCUUGUCUCGAGGCGCGUCUGUGUCUGCCUGCUAGUUAGUUCUGACAGUGUUGUUCCUUCCAGGGUUAUCCAGCGUACUGCUGAUCGCUGAUCAGUGGCUAGCUUAGCGAGUUUCUUCCAUGGAGACCCGAAAGAGUUCAUGGCGGACGACGGUGUUGCUGGCGUACCAGAGCCUGGGGGUGGUGUACGGCGACCUGAGCAUCUCGCCGCUGUACGUCUACCGGAGCACCUUCGCGGAGGACAUCACGCACUCGGAGACCAACGAGGAGAUCCUGGGCGUGCUCUCCUUCGUCUUCUGGACGCUCACCCUCGUCACGCUCCUCAAGUACGUCUUCAUCGUCCUCCGCGCCCACGACAACGGCGAAGGCGGAACCUUCGCGCUCUACUCGCUCCUCUGCAGGCACGCCGACGUCAGCCUGCUGCCCAACAGGCAGGUGGCCGACGAGGAGCUCUCCACCUACAGGCUCGAGCGCUCGCCGGAGGUCGCCGGGCGGUCGCGCAUCAAGGAGCUGCUGGAGGGGCAUAGGAACCUCAAGACGGCGUUGCUUGUCAUGGUCAUGAUCGGGACCUGCAUGGUCAUCGGCGACGGCGUCCUCACGCCCGCCAUAUCUGUGUUCUCGGCUGUUUCAGGGCUCGAGCUCUCCUUGUCCAAGGAUCAGCAUGAAUACGCCGUCAUUCCGAUAACCUGCGCCAUACUAGUAUUCCUGUUCGCUCUCCAGCAUUUCGGCACCCAUCGCGUCGGGUUCCUCUUCGCUCCGAUAAUUCUAGCCUGGCUGCUCUGCAUGGGCGCGCUCGGUGUGUACAACAUCAUCCACUGGAACCCUCAGGUUUACCAGGCACUGAACCCCAAUUACAUGCUCACAUUCUUGAAGAAGACCAAGAAGUCCGGCUGGAUGUCCCUGGGAGGAAUUCUGCUUUGCAUGACAGGGUCUGAAGCAAUGUUUGCAGACCUUGGCCACUUCUCCUACAGUGCAAUCCAGCUUGCUUUUACUUCUUUGGUUUACCCUGCACUGAUCUUGGGAUACAUGGGUCAAGCAGCUUAUUUAACUAAACACCAUGACUUCGACUCAAGCAACCAAAUAGGAUUCUACGUCUCAGUUCCAGCGGUCGUAAGGUGGCCGGUCCUGCUGCUGGCGAUCCUGGCAUCGAUUGUAGGAAGCCAAGCGAUCAUCAGCGGCACGUUCUCCAUCAUCAACCAGAGCCAGUCCCUGAGCUGCUUCCCCAGAGUGAAAGUGGUGCACACCUCCGAGAAGAUCCACGGCCAGAUCUACAUCCCGGAGAUCAACUGGCUGCUCAUGGUGCUUUGCAUCGCCGUCACCGUUGGCUUCCGCGACACCAAGCACAUGGGAAACGCCUCCGGGCUGGCGGUGAUCACGGUGAUGCUGGUGACGACGUGCCUGACGUCUCUAGUGAUGAUGCUAUGCUGGCACCGGCCGCCAAUCCUGGCGCUCGCCUUCUUCGUCUUCUUCGGCUCCGUCGAGGCGCUCUACUUCUCGGCGUCGCUGAUCAAGUUCCGGGAAGGCGCAUGGCUCCCCAUCCUGCUCGCUCUCAUCCUCGUCGCCGUCAUGUUCAUCUGGCACCACACCACCAUCGCCAAAUACUCCUUCGACCUCCACAACAAGGUGACCCUGGAGUGGCUGCUGGCGCUCUGCGACAAGCUGGGCAUGGUGCGCGUGCCGGGGAUCGGGCUCGUGUACACGGACCUCACCGCCGGCGUGCCGGCGAACUUCUCCCGCUUCGUCACCAACCUCCCGGCGUUCCACCGCGUGCUCGUCUUCGUCUGCGUAAAGUGGGUGCCCGUGCCCAGGGUGCCCGCGGCGGAGCGGUACCUCGUCGGCCGGGUCGGCCCGCCGGGCCAUGGAUCGUACCGCUGCAUCGUGAGGUACGGGUACAGGGAUGUCCACCAGGACGUGGAUUCCUUCGAGACGGAGCUCGUGGAGAGCCUCGCGGCGUUUAUCCGGCUCGACGCGCUUGUCCGGUCCAGCGAGGCCGCCGGAGCUGGGGACGAAGACGCCGGCGGGGGUUACGAGAGGCAGAACGCACUCACGGUGAUCGGCAGUAAUCCUCUGAGGCAGAGGGGGAGGCGGAUCAGCUUCGAGGAUGGCCAUGACGGGGCGGCGUCGGUGGAGAUCCGCGUGGAGAGCCCGGCUGCGGUGAAGAAGGUGAGGUUCCUGGUGGAGAGCCCCCGCCAUGGCCGUGGCGGCGAGACGGAGGAGGAGCGGAUGGUGGGGGAGGAGCUGCGGGAGCUGUGGGAGGCGAGGGAGGCCGGGACGGCGUUCAUCAUGGGGAGCUCGCACGUGAAGGCGAAGCACGGGUCGUCGGUGGUGAGGAGGGUGGCGAUCGGGUACGGGUACAACUUCUUGCGGCGGAACUGCCGCGGGGUGGACGUCGUGCUCCGGGUGCCGCCGGCGUCGCUGCUCGAGGUCGGCAUGGUCUACGUGCUAUGACCACGGGCUGUAAACUCUCAUAGUGAUUGUACAAUAAGCCCAUUCAUUAUGGGCUUCUUGUUUUGAUUGGGCUGGCCAGGCCAGGCCGGUGUUAACUUGAUGUGAUGAUCUGAAAUGGAGGCCUGAUCGGGUUUUUUUAA